AUGGCAGCGCGCGCCACCUCCAUGGCUACCGCCACCGCCUCAACCGACGCAACGCCCGACGCUAUUCUCACCCACCUCGACAACUUGCCAGUGGAGAUCAGCGAGAUGGUAAUGCUGCAUCUGCCAGUGCUCGACCUACUCAACGCUUCCAACACUUGCCGUUCUCUCCGCGACAUCGUUGCCAACUCCUCCUCCCUGCAAGACGCGAUUCGCUUCAAGCGCGGCCCCAACAAAGCCAUCCAGGAGCGCAAAUGGUGGACAUGGGGAAAUUCCACUGGACUGAGACCGUCCUCGAACCCCGACYCACGGCCGAGAAAACAAUAUGCCGACUAUGAAACCUACGCCAUCAAAAUCUUCAACACCGCCAUCGCUACCCGCGCAACCCUCAUCGACCGGCAGCUCUACGACAAGGCGACUCCGAUGCGGAAAGUUACCUACCAAGACCGAAUCUGGCUUCGCCCUGAGACCUGGCGCAAGGACAUCGACCCCAAGGCCACCUGCUUGGACAUGCAAAUCACCCAGCCACCUUCCACCGAGUUGCAUUUCAUGUCUUUCAUUCCAAUAGGUGACGAUCCCCGUGAUGGCCACUACAGGGAUCAUCAAAUAAUCCAUCAGUCGGGGAUCAAGAUCCACAGUGACUUCACGACAAUCCGCAAUGACAAAGGCAUCACCUUGGGAGAUGUGAGGGCGCAGGCCAAGGAACAUCUCGGCAAGUCCGCCGUUCUCUUCAACUUUCCGGUGUUUGGAGUGGAGAGGAUGGACUGGGAUAUGCGCGACAUGAGCGAUCUCUUCCUGCCYGAAGAGCUGAUUGAGUGGGUUGAGGGGAAGUUUGCGAGAGCCAAGAACGGCGUGAGGUAG